AUGCACGAGAAACCCCGACAUGAUGUGCAAUCCACCGAGAAUCAGAUCCGUGAAGUGAUCGAACCCAGUUCUCAAUUGACGAUCCCACCCGGGGAUAAUUCCCCUCCUCCGGAUGGAGGAUAUGGAUGGGUGUGUACCGUUGCAGCUGCCACUAUCAACGCCCAUUCUUGGGGCUUCAACUCUGCCUAUGCGGUGUUUCUCGCCCAUUACCUGAACAACAACAUCUUUCCCGGUGCCACUUCACUUCAAUAUGCCCUAGUGGGAUCAUUGAGUCUCACCUGUCUGAUGCUCAUCUCGCCCGUGGCAACUCUCGCAGUUGGCAAGAUAGGAAUUCGAGCAACCAUGUUUUGUGGUGUGGUCCUUGAAACCGCCAGUCUAUUAUGUGCGAGCUGGGCUUCACAGAUCUGGCAUCUGUUCUUGACGCAAGGGCUCGUCUUCGGCAUGGGAUUGGGCCUCAUCUUUAUUCCAGUGGCUGCCGUUGUUCCGCAGUGGUUUACUACCAAGAGAUCACUGGCCAGCGGGGUCUCGCUGGCUGGCGCAGGUCUCGGCGGCGCAGUAUAUUCGCUUGCAGCUUCAGCUAUGAUACAGAAUCUCGGACUCAAACUCACCUACCGAAUCCUGGGGAGUAUCGCUUUUGUCGUGAACACGAGCUGCACGCUUUUAAUCAAAGACCGCAAUCGCGCUACUGGUUCAAAGCAGGUAGCCUUUGAUGCUAAGCUUUUCAAGAGAUGGGAGUACAUCCUACUGCUCGGAUUCAGUGUAUUCAGCAUGUUAGGCUAUUUCAUCUUGAUCUUCAGCCUGGCCAAUUUUGCAAACUCCAUUGGCCUCAAUUCCUCGCAAGCAUCCGUCGCCAGUGCAUUAUUCAACAUCGGCCAGGCAAUAGGGCGGCCCUUGAUCGGGUACUUUAGCGACACCACCGGUCGAAUCAACAUGGCAGGCUCGAUGACCUUCAUCGCCGGUGUAUUACCCUUGGUUAUCUGGACUAACACUAGAAACUACGGCGUGUUGAUAUUCUUCGCCAUCGUCGAAGGUCUGGUCGCUGGCAACUUUUGGGCUACAAUCGCACCCCUCGUGGCGGAAGUCGUCGGCCUGGAGAAUGUACCAUGUGGCCUCAACCUUAUGUGGCUGGUCAUAGCCAUACCAUGCACAUUCAGCGAACCCGUUGCGCUAGAGAUUUUCUCCGGCACUGGGAGUUAUCUCGGCACGCAGCUGUUUACUGGGUUUAUGUACAUUGCUGCUGCGGCGUGUAUGUUGGCUCUGCGAGGAUGGAAAAUUGCGCAGAAAACGCAGACCAUUGAUGAGAGCGACUUUACCGAUACUGUGGGCGCUCACUGUGUGCAGCAGACCGAAAAGAUCAAGGUUGGAGGCUGCGGCUCUAACUGCUUCAAAUGGGCGAAUGUAUAA